UAGGCGGCCUUUUUUCAGUAGAGAUUGCAACGAGACACCCACUGAGUGUAACAUGGAGAAUGAAGCAAGCGUUUUAAAGGAAUUACACGAGGAUUUAAAUGUUGAAGAAUUCAAAGAUUUGUCAGUAUCUGAAAUUACAGAAGAAAUAUUGAAGAAAUGUGGAACAUAUGGUCUAUUUCAAAAGAAACUUACAAUUUAUAUUUUAAUUUUUGUAAUAUUUCACGCCCCAGCUGUUUUAACGAUGGUAUUUAUAAGAGAACGCGUUCCGUUUGCUUGUUAUCCUUCAAAUUUCAAUGAAUCUUUGAUUCCACCAAAUAUCACUUUGGAUGAAUUCUUAAACAAGGCAGCUGUCGAAGAUGAGAAAUGCUCUGUGUAUAACCUGGAUACUAAAGAAGGAUUUUAUAUCCUUCCCACCAGUAAUUCUACAAAGGAACCGUGUAAUAAUGGUCGAAAGUUCUACUCUGACCAUCUGUCAUCUAUUGUCUCUGAGUUUGAUUUGGUUUGCGAAAGAGAAUGGUUGAAAAACAUUGCGGUGUCAGCAAUGUUUGCAGGAUUUCUGGUUGGAAAUAUACUUUUUGGUACACUUUCAGACGCAUUCGGCCGAUUUAAGAUGUUCUGUGCCGCGAAUGCACUCAGCAUAUUUGGCGGUUUAAUCAAAAUAUACUCACCAAAUAUUAUACUAUUUCUUAUUAUCUACAUUAUUGAAGGUUUCGGAAUUGCUGGCACGUAUCUAAUUUUAUUCACCAUCUUGCAAGAAUGUGUCACCCAAAACUACAGAACGCGUUUGAAUUACCUUAUGCAUGGAACCUACGGUCUUGGAGCAAUGAUUCUAGCUGGUGUGGCAUAUGUAUUUCCUAAGUGGCAACAUCUGUUAUACGCUACAAUUAUUCCACACAUUUUGAUUUUCAUUCUAGCACUAAAAUUCCUUCCUGAGUCUCCAAGAUGGCUUCUUAAUAAGGGGAAAUUUACUGAAGCUGAAAAGUCAUUUGAAAAGAUAGCUAAAACAAAUAGGAAAAACGCUGAGAUUGCGGUAAAACUUAUUCAGAAACUUCAAACAGAAACUAAAUCCAAAUUGCAGGCCGAAGUUGUCGAAAAUAUGAAUCUUGGAAGCAAGAAAAUACAUAAGACGUACACAGCAAUUGAUUUGUUAAAAAAACCUCGAAGAGCGAUGAUUUCCGUGAACAUUUGGUUUAACUGGCUGGUCAACAGUAUGAUUUACUUCGGCGUGACUCUAAAUUCUGUUGAUAUGUCUGGCAAUCGCUAUAUAAACUUCUUGUGAUGUCAGCAGUAGAAAUUCCAGCGAAUAUUCUCGGAUGUAUAACCUUUAAAUGGUUUGGACAUCGUAAGCCGCUUUGUUUCUUCAUGGUUUUUGGUGGAAUUAACUGUAUUGUCUCGAACUUUGUACCAAAAGGAAACCUUUGGUUUCCACUGAUAUUAGCUGUUCUUGGGAAGUUGGGUGCAACGGCAUCAUAUGAUGGUGUUUAUCUGACAACAGCAGAAAUAUUUCCAACAUCAGUACGCAACGGUGGCAUCGGAGCAGCUUCAUCAUUUGCUCGAUUUGGUGGUAUCAUUUCAGCACCGAUUCUUGGACUUUCUGUAUACGGUUCUUGGAUACCGCUAAGCAUCUUUGGAGUCUUCGGAAUUGUUGCUGGUUUGCUGGUCCUUUUACUUCCUGAAACGAAGGAUGCUUGUUUACUUCAAACACUUGAAGACAUGGAUAAUUUGUAGAUUUGUAGAAAAGCAGGAUUUUUGAGUUUAAUGUAAACAAACGUGAAAUGUCGAAACAUUUAAAAUCACAUUUACGUCAAUAUGUUGCUUUAGUUUAGAUAUUUACUAAUUAUUCGUUACAUUUAUUUUUUAUUAUUACAAAUGUACAAAUCUCAGACUUUCAAUGCGGGGACAAAAUCUGCGACGAGCUAACUGGUGACAUUGGGAAGCGAUUAAGUGCUGUAAUGGAAUCCUCUCGAAUGGAACGGGCAUCAAAACAGUGGAACAUACGAACUCGA